CGAAGGUCAAAGUGCAAUUUCGCCUUAUAGUUUCAGGGAAAGAUGGAGUCUGUAAACAUAGAUUAUUCGAGCACCGCGCCUGGAAGCAGAGCCGGUUAUAUACUCAGCAAUGUUGCCGAAGUGGUGGAGAGGAUUUUGACGUUUGUACCAACCAAGUCACUUCUUCGCAUUGCUUUAGUGUGCCGCCUCUGGAGGAACUGUGCGCGGCGGGUUCUGAGAACGCAGCAGCAGAUAAGCUGGGUUUCUGCCACAGACGCGUCCAGCUGCGAAGGCCACAUCCUCUGCAGGACUCUGGCUGAUGAAGUGGAGAACAUUUACCUGCUGCCCCAGACAGUUCUUUUAAUGGCAGACAGCGACACCAUUUAUGGGGAGAAUUGUUGCUACUCAGCAAAAAAAGCGAAGACAACAUGCAAUUCAGACCUAGCUGUAGACCUUAGGAGACUGUUUCCCAAAGGUUGUGAGAUUCUUGGGAUUGCUACCCCAGGAAUUGUGUUGACACCCAGUGGGUUCCCCUCCAGCCCACCCCAGGAACAUCAGGAAGGACAGGCUGGCUUUGCUGUUAUGAUCCCAAGCAUCGAUGGUGUGACCAUUCGCUCCUUCCAUUUCUGCAAGCGAAGCGUCACCAAAACAGCUCUGGAAGAAGCAGGGUUCAUUGGUGACCCAGAGCUGCGUGUGGUACUCCUAUUUGGGUACCAAGCAUUCAAGCCUGGGGCUGAGCGCUUCCUGCACCAGGUUCUGGAGCCCCUGAUGCACAGCAGUGUGCUCAUUGCUGGUGGACACGUGGAGAGUGUCUUCUCCCACUCCAGGGAAUGCUGUGGACGGAGCUCAUAUGGCGUUGCAGGCUUGACGCUCAGUGGGCCCCGGAUCCAGGGUGCAUCUGUGCUACUGGACCAGGAUGUAAAUACUGAGAAGGCAGCUGAAGCAGCUGUGCAAAGGCUCAAGGCAGCAAAUAUCCCUGAACGCAACACCCUGGGCUUCAUGUUUGCAUGCGUGGGUCGUGGCAGUAGCUACUAUGGUGGCAAGCGCAAUGUGGAAGCAGAUGCCUUUCGCAAGGUCUUCCCCAGCAUCCCACUCUUUGGUUUCUUUGGCAACGGUGAAAUUGGUUGUGACCGCAUUGUGACCGGGAACUACAUGCUGACAGAUGUUGACACGGGUAAUCUACAGCAUGGCUACACCACUGUCAUGGCGCUGGUGCAUUUGGGGUAGCACUGCAAGAGAACAGGACAGACCACUGCCAUUAGGAGAGGAGAACAAUAUAGAGUUUAAUUUACUUUGCAGUGGCUUGGAACGUCGUUAAUUCUUGUGCAGGCAGAAGUUUUGCGUGAGUCUAUUUUUUUUUCUGAGCUGUCCUCUUCAAAAUGGGAACUUGAGCUGCUUCAUUUUCAGAGUUUAGGAUUAGGGAGUCAUUAGCUGAAAGAGAAGCUGCUAACUACUCAACAGUUGCUAAUCUCAUCAUUCUCAGGCUUUUUAGAACCACCUUCAUUCAAUGUUCUGUUUAAACUAUUUUGCCUGUGUCUUGCUCUGUUUCAUUGUUUUAAGUUUGUCAGAGGGGACCAAACUGAAGUAAGUUCUACAGUGUAAUAGUAAAACUCAGGCAGUCUCCUUGUUCACGCUCUCCAUGAUAUAAUUGCACUUACCCACAGGUGUUAGCUGUCAGUUCAUGGUUUAGCUUUGCACAUGUUAUAUUUAAAACAAGAAACAGGAUCCUGUAAGCUUAAAUUGGGAAAUUUAAUUGUGCAAUAAAUGGUCAUCAAUACCAAUAUUCGUUAAUACCAUGCUCAGUUUCUUUCGAAAUAUUUGACAGCGGUCAUACCAUUGAUAGCAUCUCAAUUUGCAGGGGUCUUACAAAUGUGGAAGUUCUGCUUUUGUGUCUGUAAUCUGUAUUUGUUGGUGUGAUCUUUGUACAGAUGUAGCAGGUGCAGUAUUUUGUACUUGGAUACAACCCCAAAACUGGAGUAAACAAGUGAGAAAAUUGAGUAACUGAUAACAUGUUGUUUUGAGCAGAAUAACUUAUGUCCUUUAAGUAAUUUUGCUCAUUUUUUUUAAAUGUGGCCUUUGAUUGUUUUUGUUUUAUCCACUGUGCAACACUUAACAGUUCUAUUGUUUAGUUCCAGUAAAGAGAUUGCCCAAAAUCUCUGGUAUUAGAAGUAUUUUUUUUUUUGAUUGACAGUGUGAGUGUUGUCUUUCAGUGGACAGGAACCAAAUAAUGUGUUUAUCAUGCACAGAGGCAAAUUUGUUCAUUUUAUUGACAUUCAUUUGUUACUAUCUCAAUUUGAUUUUUUUUUACUGUAUUGCUGACUGUCAUCUAGUUCUGCUAUUUUUUUUAUUAGAGUAAUGUUUUAGUCGCAGUUGAAAUGGUAAGUUUCCGGUUCAGUGCCCUGCAAGAGCAUAUUUAUUCAGUUUAAUUUACCCAGAUUUCCUGCAUUGAAAUAAGUUUAUACCUGUUGCUGCCUGUUCUGUGAUGAGUGCCAGGUACUUCUGGUAUGUACACAGUAGCACUUUAAUAUUAGAUUUUCUUCUAGAUUAAUGUGAAUUUUUACUGUAGAGAAACAAGUUUCUGAAGUAGCUGCAGUUAGGGAAGAGACAUUCUGUCGCUUAUUGAUCAUGUUCUUUCUACAUUGUUACAUUUAUAGUUUUGAAAGAGUCUUGACUCUUUAGCUCCAAUAAAGUGUGCAGGAAUAUUUCAUAUCACAUUUUGUGUCAUUUGAUUGUACUUGUUUUUGAAGAAAUGUUUUCAGACAUUGACUGAGGCAAACAUCAGUCUUUUUCAGUGUGUUCAUUCCAGCUUGAUGCUAUCUGCUGCAUUUGUGCAUGUUGUGCCAAGUUCA